GAAGAUUGCAUAGUGGACUUCCGGUUGUCUUUUGUGCGGUUGAUGUUCGUAUGUCUGACUAAGAAUCAGUGAUGGCCAUGGAGAGAUCAGACAGUCUGACAGCAAUGAAGUCUUUGACAGCUGACUAUGGUGAAGAUUCCGAUGAGGAGAUGCCAUCAGCUGUAGACAACAUCUCAGAUGAAGAAACACAAGAAAUUCUAGCUAAACAAGAGCCGCGACCAUCUUCCUUACCUAACCUACAAAAUGAUAAUUCCAACUCUAGUGUCCCUGAAAAACCACGCUUGGCGAAACGGACCACCAAGCUUGUGUCCUAUGGACCAGAUGAUCAGGAAGAUGAAGAAAGUCAAUCAGAGGAAGAAAUAGAGGAAGAGAGCACAGAUCUUUUAGAUAUACAGAAAACUGAUAUUGAAGAAAAGGUUUUAGACACUCAAGAUGCAUCUGCUCUGUCACGGAAAGUCCGGAAUCUGUCGGCGGAAGAAAUACAUAUCCCUCCUGAACCUGCAGGACGAUGCUCAAAAGAAUUACAAGAGAAGAUUGCUCGAAAUUAUGAACGCAUGAUGAAGAGUGGCUACAGCCACAAUGUGAUGAUUCAAAAAAGAAAAGAUUUUAGAAAUCCCAGCAUAUAUGAAAAGUUAAUAGAGUUUCUGCACAUAGAUGAAAAAGGAACAAACUUUCCUCCAGAUAUUUUUAAUCCUCAGAUGUGGACUAAAGAAUCUUUUUAUGAUGAAUUGGAUAAGACCCAGAAGAAGGAGAUGGAGAAGCGUGAGAAGGAGCGGAAGGACAGAACCAAGGUACCGAUCGAUUUCAUUGUUGGUUCGAAAAAGGUUUCUUCCUCCAGCGACGGUUCAGCACCUGAUGAAAAGAAAAGGAAAACCAAGUGGGACAGUCAGCCUCAGGUGUCAGCAGUCCGGUCGUCGAACAUGCCCAACCCAUCUGUCGUAACCUUGACAACUUCAGCAACAGGGACUAAGACAACAGUUAUAUCAGCCGUCGGUAGCAUUACAAAAAAGUCAAGUCAAAAAUGACAGUAGUUCAAUUCAUGAAACUAUAUACAUUGCAUAACCUCGUUAGCUCACCUGAUUCAGGACAUGACCAGUUAGCUCACCUGGCCUGGAUGGUUAGGACAGAUGAAAUCACCUGUUAUUUGACAGCAAUGUCUGUUAUUCAUAUUCAUACAAGAGCUGAAGUUUCAUAAAACUUGAAAAUAUAACUCCUGCAUUUAUCUCGAAGAUUCAUUUACUGUGCUAUAAUAUCUAAAGCAAUAUCAUCGUUUCAGCCUCAGUGUGUGAGAUACAACUGAGAAUAUCAAACUGUAAAAAAACUCAAGAGGAUAUCAAACUGUGUCACAUGCUUUGAUGCAGAUUUGUAUAGAACAGUAUUGUGAAGAGAGUAAUGUAUGUACAUCAUACGGGUUAACGUAAUACUGAGAUCCAAGUUUAGUACCCAUGCUUCUGUUACCCUAAGCCAACUCAAUCCAGUACCCAGUUUUGUAUAGAUUAAAGAGUGACAUUUUGGGUGAUAUUUGCCAAAAGCAAUAAUGCUAGUACAUCAGUUCUGACUCGCAGCUGAAAGGUUCUGGUAACCAUGGAAACAAACUAUAGCAUGGCAAUCAGAACAUUAAGCAAAAUACUUUCAAGCGUAGGUUGCCAUGAUGCCUAUAUGUGUAUCAAGAGUAUUCUCUUGGUUUAAUUUCCUAGCAAGGUCAUGUUGGGUUGAUCUAGAAACUUCAGGGAGCAGUGUACUUUACAAGGUGCACUUUAUUGGAUUUCAGUCAGGAGGAUCAAACUGAUGCUGAUAAUCUAAUUCGCCAACACUUUACCUCAGGACCACAGGCGCUGUCACAAAUAAUAAAUGCUUGUUCAUCAGCACCUGAUUGUUUACCUUGCUGUACAUGUGCAGCAGCAAUUUUCUCCACUAAACUCAAAACUAGAUAAAAAUCGUACAGAGUUUUCUCACAACUAGCCCUAAGUAUCGUAAAGAGGUGCCUAAUCCUCUUGAUAGUAUUGGGAUGAUUGCUAUCUUACCGAAAGAGGCACACAAGAUCUGUGAAGCGAGAACCACAGAUGGCAGCCUUAGUCAAUUCGUGCUAUAAGAUGUCGAUAAGCUGCGUCCAGUUAACUGCAUUGUUACCAUGGUAACCAAACUUUGAUUUCUUUUUACAACCCCUUCUCUACAUCCCUAACAAUAAGUAAUUGUGAUUUCGAAGUCCUGAUUAAGUGGUUUAUGAUCUGUAGUUUGUCUGUGCUUGUGAGUUGAAGCAGUCAUCAUCUACUUCCUGCAUCAAUGACAGCUUUCCUCCCACAUUUAGCUGACACAUGCUUAUAGAACUGUGAGUAACACUGGUAAAAACAAUGUUAAACCCAACUGACACCACACCACACACCCACAUCCCCAUCAUCAGUGCUAGAGAUGUCUCAUCCUUCAAACAUUGGGAGUUUCUGUUUGAACAUAAGUGUUUUCAUUUGGGUACAAAUAUAGAUGUGGGACACAGUUAGCCAGAGCUGUGCAGAGUUACAUCCCUUAGUUGUGUCAGAAUCCCCUGAUAAUUGUUGACCAUCAUUUUCUGUGAACAGUUGGGUUAAUGCAGUUGCUUGUAAAGCAAAAGGCUGAAGUCCGGUUCCCAACAAUUCCACUCACUUUUCAAGGAUAACCAAACUAAAUGAAGCAGAUAGAUUGCUACAGGAAUAACAUCAUCAUUUCCUCCUUGGACACAAGACUUGUAUGUAAAGGCCAAUUAUGUCUAGGCUUGGGAUUAUAUUUUUGCCGAUACAAGUAUUAAAAUAUAUUUUAGUUUAAAUUUUGGCCUUGUGUACUGUUUGCAUGUGUUUUGGAGAUUUUCCUGAAACUGUUUUGCAGCAGGGAUCCUGUUUUAUAUCCUGAUUUCUGGAAGCAAGUGUUCCAUUCAUUAAUAAUUACAGCCCUCUGGAGAUUUCUGGGCCAAAUCGGUUCUCAGUACUUAAUGCUUGUCAUCGCAGACUAGGGGCGGUCGGGUAGCCUGGUGGUUAAAGCGUUCGCUCGUCACGCCGAAGACCCGGGUUCGAUUCCUGACAUGGGUACAGUGUGUGAAGCCCAUUUCUGGUGUCCCCCGCUGUGAUAUUGCUGGAAUAUUGCUAAAAGCGGCGUAAAACCAUACUCACUCACUCACUCAUCGCAGACUAAAGGAAUGGAGGUAUACAUGUAUGGCUGGUUUUGUGAGGAUGGUUAUGGAUGGUUAUCAAAAACUGAUUGGCCUGACCCACACCCAGAAUAUCAACCAUGAUGUGAUGGGAAAUAUUGCUGACUGCUGCAUAAAAUAAUAUUCACUCACAUGACUCAUUUUGUGUGAAUGGUACUCAUAGGUAACCAAUAGCUUCAAGUGGACAGGGAAGACCUGCCAAGUCUGUGGGAGACAGACAGCUGUUGGGACAUCACUGAGUAUUACAGCUGUUAGGAUAUCUUUAGAUGUCGGUAUCAUUGCCACUCACUGUAAAUAUGACCAUUGACAAGUCGACCUGUACAUAAUGUUAGAAAUCAAGUAUGCCUGUUAUAAUUUCAUUGUAUCAUCACACGAUUGCUGUACAAAAACAUGUCUCUGUCCACAGGGCAGAAUAUUUCAAUAUGAAAUAAAUUAUUUCAAGAUGUA